AUAUGAUUUAAAGGAAAUACAAUCAGGACUCUCCAAAAGGGACAUUCCCGAUGCAGGGAAGGUUUUUCCUUAGAAAGAAUCUAAUGUAUCUCCAACGUAGUUAACCGAUCUAGUCUAAUGAAAAAUGGCUUGAAAAAUGGCCUUAUUUCGAAACCAAUGAUGUCAAGUUCAAAGUCAAUUUCUUUUCCUUCCUCACAAUAUUUUUUGUUCAAAGAUCCCUUCCUCACCAAUUAAGUUAACCUCCGGUGUUCAACGCGUAAAGUCCUCUACUCCUUUCUAUUUUUGGUAAAUUCUCUACUUCUAAGUUCUAUUUUUGGUGUAUGAAGAAAAAGAUGAGCGAAAAUCCAAUAUGGAGGACGCGAAGAAGUGUUUAGAGCUGACACCGGAGGAGUCAGAGGCCGUGUCGCGAGUCGUCGUUCCAGAAAUCCGAGUCGGAAAAGGGCCGAGUUUGUACGAUCUGUUUGCUACGACAGGCAUCCGAGUUGACCAAGUCGAACCCGGAUUCGCCGUCUGUUCUUUCAAGGUCCCUCCUCGCCUCACCGAUAAAGAUGGAAAUCUGUCUAAUGGUGCAAUUGCAAACCUUGUUGAUGUAGCUGGUGCUUCUCUUAUUUAUGUUACGGGUCUCCCCAUGAACGUUUCUGUGGACAUGUCCAUCUCCUAUGUGUCAAAGGCGAAGAUUGAUGAUGAGUUAGAGAUCACCUCAAAAAGGUUAGGACAAAGAGGCGGUUAUUCUGGAACAUCAGUCCUGAUGAGAAACAAAGCAACUGGGGAGAUUGUAGCCGAAGGUCGACAUUCAUUGUUUCGUUCACCUGCUGCUAGCAAACUCUGAGUCCUUUCCAUUUACAAGUACAAACCAUGUGUGAAGCGAACUCUCCAUAUUAGGGUUGCUUUUUUGUAAGUAUUCAUUUAUUUUUUAUUUAAUAAAAGAUCGGAAUGUUAGAAGGACAUAUAGACCAAA